CUUCCUUCUCACACGUGUGUUAGUUUGAGGAGGUGGAUAGAUUUUAGUUAGGUAAAGAUUUCCUUAUCAAAACUUUCAGUGUUUGAUUUUUGCUAAAGAGAGUCUCGAAAUGGCUGACAUUGUGCAGCAGCGGAUCGAAGACAGAAUUCCAGCACUUGAGCAAUUAGAAAGGAUCGGAUUGUUCACAAAUAAAGAAGUCAAAUCCAUGCUGAAAAGAUCUACUGCUUUGGAAUACAAGCUGCACCGACCAGUUCAGAGCAAAGACGACUUUAUCGCAUUCGUACAGUAUGAAAUAAACGUACUGGAGCUGAUCAAGAAGAGGAGAGCAAGAAUUGGUUACCAUUUUAAACGAGAAGAAAUCGAGUAUCCUAUCAUUCAUGGCGUAAACAAUGUUUUCAGAAGAGCUUUGACAAAAUGGCAGGAAGAUGUCCAGCUUUGGCUUUCUCAGGUCGCCUUUAACAAGAAAUGGGGCACGAAGACUCAGCUUAGUAAAGUUUUGUCAUCCAUGUUAGCCAUCCAUCCUGACAAACCAGCUUUGUGGAUGAUGGCUGCCAAAUGUGAGAUGGAGGACAGGAACUCGUCAGAAAGUGCCCGACAUCUAUUCCUCCGUGCCUUGCGCUUUCAUCCUGAAAACGAGAAGGUUUAUCAGGAGUAUUUCCGGAUGGAGCUCAUGCACGCUGAGAAACUGAGGAAACAGCAGCAGGAGUUGGUAGAAGCUAAAAUAGAUGUGGGGGAAUAUGAGUUUUCUCCAGAGAUCAUCAGUGGUAAACUGGCUGAGGUGGUGUACAGAGAUGCUACACAAAAAAUUAAAGGAGUUAAAUUCAUCUUGUCCCUGCUAAAGAUUGCUACAAUCUUUGACUUUACAAAAGAGUUACAGGACAUCAUUCAUCAAGAUCUGCAGAGUCAUUAUAAGGAUGACUGUCUGAUGUGGGAUUUUAUGGCAACGCGUGAGCUGGAUGCUACUAUUGCCCAUGACUUCCAGUCAGCAAGAGGAAGUGCUAUUGAUACAGAGUGUAGAGAGGAGCGCUGCUGUGUCAUUUAUGAAGAAGCUCUCAAGAGCCUUAAUACAGAAGCUAUGUGGACAUGCUACGUCACAUUCUGUCUCGAUAGAUACAAGAGGAGGACAAAUGUAAUUAAACUCAAGAAACAGAGGAAAGAGCGACUACUCCGAGUCUUACAGAGUGCUCAUGAUGCUAUGCUUCUGGAAGAGACAUUUUACAAGACUUGGCUAAAGGUCCUUAUGUCAGAAGGAGAGUCUGUAUAUGCUGUACAGAUUGCCAUUACUGCCACCCAGCGCUUUAGUAAGUCAAUAGAAGUGUGGUACCUCAGUCUGCAGACAUUGGUUAAGCUGAAGAGUGCAGAGGCAGGACAUUUAUUUCAAGAAGCCCUGAAACAUGUGAAUUCCAAGGAAAGUCUGCCAUUAUGGGAAUUGCAGGCAGAUUGGACCAUGACUUCAACAACACCAGAGGAAACGGAGGCCUUUUUUCAGAAAGGGCUUUUGUCCCCAGUGCCUGUGGUGUCAGCUGCCAUGAAGGAAAAAUACCUUGAAUGGUCAUACAAAACUGGUGGCUACAAAAAGGCUAGAAAAACUUUUACAAGCUUGCAUGAACACAGACCCUUCACUAAGGCAUUCUUCGUGAAGAUGAUUCACAUUGAGAAGGAGCAGGAGUCUCCUAAAAUGAGUAACCUGAGAGAUUAUUAUGAACGAGCAAUUCGUGAGUUUGGGUCUUCAGAUGAAGAUCUCUGGAUGAACUACAUCAAGGAAGAGUUAAAUGGGCAUGGAAACCCAGAAAAGUGUGGAAAUCUUCAUUGGAGAGCAAUAAAAAUCUUGGAGGGUGAAAGUGCUGAUCGUUUUUCAACCCGGUACACACUGAUGCAGACGGGGCACAUCUAAAUCCAAUAAAAAUGUAUUCUGAACAUACUGAUGAGUUGUUUGUGAGGAAAGCACAAUGUAAUUGAUGGCUUGACAAAUUAAUUCCCUUGUUUUGAUUGUAAGGAGCCUCACGCAUGGUAUAUUUGUGUUAUGUUCUAAAACAUGCAUACAAAUUUGUCCACAUAAGUUCAUGAUAUUGUUAUUGUCUUAAAAUUUUAAAUAAAGCUUAUGGUGUACUUAA